GGUCCGGCCGCCUCGGGCCUCCGGAAGUGCCGACCCCCCCAGGGCGCCCGCUCAGUGGCCGGGACUGUGCCCCGGGGGGGCCGCGCUCGGGCCGGGCUGCUCGUGGGGACGGAGGGCAGGCGGUCCGCCUGGCCCCGGGGCCCGAGCUGCGCGGCGUGGGCUGGGACGGCGGGUUCCCGGGGCCGAGGCGAUGCCAAAGCUGCAGGGCUUCGAGUUCUGGAGCCGCACCCUGGGGGGCGCUCGCCACGUGGUGGCGCCCAUGGUGGACCAGAGUGAGCUGGCUUGGAGGCUGCUGAGCCGCCGGCACGGGGCCCAGCUCUGCUACACCCCCAUGCUGCACGCCCAGGUCUUCGUCCGCGAUGCCAACUACCGGAAGGAGAACCUGUACUGCGAAGUGUGCCCCGAGGACCGGCCUCUCAUUGUGCAGUUCUGUGCCAAUGACCCGGAGGUGUUCGUCCAGGCGGCUCUCCUGGCCCAGGAUUACUGUGACGCCAUCGACCUGAAUUUGGGCUGCCCGCAGAUGAUAGCCAAGCGAGGUCACUAUGGUGCCUUCCUGCAGGAGGAGUGGGACCUGCUCCAGAGAAUGAUUCUGCUGGCUCAUGAGAAACUCUCUGUCCCCGUCACGUGCAAGAUCCGUGUCUUCCCAGAGAUUGACAAGACCGUGAAGUAUGCCCAGAUGCUGGAGAAGGCUGGCUGCCAGCUGCUGACCGUGCACGGGCGCACCAAGGAGCAGAAGGGGCCCUUGUCGGGCACUGCGUCCUGGGAGCACAUCAAGGCCGUGCGGAAGGCAGUAGCCAUCCCCGUGUUUGCCAACGGGAACAUCCAGUGCCUACGGGAUGUGGAGCGUUGCAUCCAGGACACAGGGGUUCAGGGGGUCAUGAGCGCAGAGGGCAACCUGCACAACCCUGCCCUGUUUGAGGGCCGCAGCCCUGCCGUGUGGGAGCUGGCCGAGGAGUACCUGGACAUCGUGCGGCAGCACCCCUGCCCCCUGUCCUACGUCCGGGCCCACCUCUUCAAGCUGUGGCACCACACGCUGCAGGUGCACCAGGAGCUUCGAGAGGAACUGGCCAAAGUGAAGACCCUGGAGGGUGUCGCGGCCGUGAACCAGGAGCUGAAGCUGCGGUGUCAGGAGGACAUUUCCAGGCAGAAGGAGGGAGAGAAGCCCUCCGGCGGCUUGCCUUUCUUCCACUGGAUCUGCCAGCCCUACUUCCGGCCAGGGCCCAGGGAAGGGAGCAAGGAGAACGGGGGAGCCCGCAGCAAGCGGGCCCUGGAGGAGGAGGAGGGCGGCGCAGACGUGCUCUCAAAGAACAAGCAGAAGAAGCAGCUGAGGAACCCCCACAAGACCUUUGAUCCCUCGCUGAAGCCAAAAUAUGCGAAGUGUGAUCAGUGCGGAAACCCAAAGGGUAACAGGUGUGUGUUCAACCUGUGCCGGGGCUGCUGCAAGAAGCGAGCUUUCAGAGAGGCUGCCGACUGCCCAGGUCACGGAUUGCUUUUUAAAACCAAACUGGAGAAGUCUCUAGCCUGGAAGGGGGCCCAGUCCCGGCUGCAGGAGCCUCAGCCGGCAGGAUCUGGGGAGCCGGGUGGCUUUCCUGAGGUUGUGGGCAGUGCCCUGGCCUGAAGGGCAGUUGGCGCCCAGCACACUGCCCCCCGGCCCCGGGACCGCUGCCGAGACCUCAACACGUCCCAUUUAAGGAAACGCCUUUUCUCAGGGAACCUCCCGCUACUCAACAUAGAAGGAUGAGCUGGUCUUCCCCUUGGCCUCCGCUGGGAGCCCGGAAAUGCUGCACCAGGGAGCAGGCUCCCAGGCUGGAUCUGUCCCCUCCUUGCAACGUAUGUUCAAAAGUGAACAAUAAAUCUUUUCAAAGAUGCA